AUGGCGGACGUCGACUCUGGCUCUGAGCCAAACCAUCAACCCGCAUCUGACUCCGAAAAGCCUCCCGUGGAUACUACCAAUGAAGCUCUCCCGUCUUUGACAUUGAACGAGCCGAACCUAUCCGAAACGGCAGAAUGGCAAGAAUUGAGGAAGGAGGAAGAGGAAGAAACUCAACAACAAGAGGAAGGACCCCAAAAUGAAGACCAGGAAGAAGGAAAGCCUGAGGUUCCGCCGAAGGAUAAUGUGGAGGAGGACAACAAUAACACCGCAGAGGCCGAUCCACCCACCCUCGAAGACGCACCCCCCGAAAUUUAUGAAACUCAACCCAGUGAGGACAAUCCGCCGGAAUCAAGAGUGCGCUCAGACUCUCGGUCCACCACUGCCACCUUUGCGACAGCACGCGGCGGUCCUGUCAGCUCAACCGUGUUCAUUGUGACGGCACUCGAUGCCAUUGCUGCCUCGCGGGAAGCUCGGAGGAGCAAAGAACUCGAGGACUCCGUCCAGGUGGCUCUGAGCAAUAUAAAGUCGGAUCGCAUUGAUCCAGAACUUAUAUUCCGCCCACUUCACUUGGCAAGCAAGAGCUUGAGUGUGCCCCUGCAGGUAACAGCGCUGGACUGCAUUGGAAAGCUCAUCUCCUACUCCUACUUCGCAUUCCCUUCCGCCGAAUCCCAGAAUGAAGCCACUCCCGAACGAACCCCUUUGAUCGAAAGGGCUAUCGAUGCAAUCUGCGAUUGUUUCGAGAAUGAAGCCACACCCAAUGAGAUCCAGCAACAGAUCAUCAAAUCCUUGCUAGCUGCUGUCUUGAAUGAUAAGAUCGUGGUUCAUGGAGCUGGUCUCCUCAAAGCCGUUCGUCAGAUAUACAAUAUCUUCAUAUAUUCCAAAUCUAGUCAGAACCAGCAGAUUGCGCAAGGCUCCCUUACACAGAUGGUGAGCACCGUGUUUGACCGAGUACGGGUACGACUAGAUCUAAAGGAGCUUCGAACUCGCGAAAUCGACCGUUCAGGAGCCACUCUGGAUGCGUCAGCUAGUGAUCAAGGCCAACUUUCCGAGGUGGCUUCGGUCUCCGUGGCAGACCAGCAAGAUCAGCUAGAUCAACCCGACCAGUCUGAUCAACCUGUUACAAAGGAGCCGACUGCCGAGAAACUUACUUUACAAAGCUUCGAGUCGCCUAAGGAGGUAUCAGAUGUCAAUGAUAAUGCACCCACUACGGUCACUCGUGCCAGAAUUGCACGCGCUUCCUCGACGCGAUCUCUCACCGGCAUCCCUGAGGAUAAAGAAGAUGAAAACACCGCUGAAGAUGAGGUCGACGAGGUCUAUGUCAAGGAUACCUUUUUGGUAGUCCGGGCUCUGUGUAAACUCAGCCACAAACCACUAGGUCAUGACCAACAGCAGGAUCUCAAGUCCCAAAAUAUGCGGUCGAAACUGCUUUCGCUGCACCUCAUUCACUAUCUCAUCAACAACCAUACCAAUACUUUCACAUCCCCUCUUGCCGCCAUAAAAAACAGCUCCACUAGUCCCGACGCCAUGACACUUCUUCAAGCCAUCAGACCGCAUCUCUGUCUGAGCCUGAGCCGAAAUGGUUCCAGCUCGGUUCCCCAUGUCUUCAAAGUGUGCUGUGAGAUAUUCUGGCUGAUGCUCACGCACAUGAGAGUAAUGAUGAAGAAGGAGCUUGAGGUUUUCAUGAAAGAGAUCUAUUUGGCCAUCCUUGAAAAGCGUGCUGCACCCUCUUUCCAAAAGCAGUAUUUCAUGGAGAUUCUCGAGAGAUUGGGUAGUGAUCCUCGGGCUUUGGUCGAGAUCUAUCUCAACUACGAUUGUGACCGUACGGCAUUGGAAAAUAUUUUCCAAAACGUGAUCGAACAAUUAUCGCGGUAUGCGAGUGUGCCAGUCGUCACCAGCAUUUCUCAACAGAAUCAAUUUCAAGAAAGCCAUACUAAAAUGACCGGAGCUGGAGCUGAGUGGCAUCAACGCGGUACUCUUCCUCCCUCCCUCACUAGUGCCAACAUCACUCCUCCCCCGCAGCCUGCUGUGCCACACUUGCCGUCGGAGUAUAUUUUGAAGCGACAGGCUCUCGAGUCUCUCGUGGAAAUCUUGCGGUCUCUUGACAGCUGGGGCGCACAGCGCCCAGAGGAUCAGCAAACUCAAGCUUCUUCUGUUCCCUCCAAGUCAAUUGAUCACUCUCGCGAGUCGCUGGAUACAAGCGUUCUUGCAUCGCCGCGUCCUGAUGCAGUUGAGGGAGUCACAACUGGCAGGUCCACGCCUGUGCCGGACGAUGACCCUAACCAAAUCGAAAAGGUCAAGCAGCGAAAAAUCGCUCUGAUGAACGGCGUCCAGCAAUUCAACUUCAAGGCCAAGCGUGGUAUCAAAUUUUUCUUGCAAGAAGGAUUUAUUCGCUCUAAUUCCCCUGAGGAUAUUGCGAGCUUUUUACUACGGAACGACCGCCUAGACAAGGCUAUGCUGGGUGAAUACCUGGGUGAGGGUGAUGCUGAGAAUAUUGAGAUCAUGCAUCACUUUGUUGAUCAGAUGGACUUUGUCAAGCGACGGUUUGUCGACGCCUUGCGGUCUUUCUUGCAGCAUUUCCGUCUGCCUGGAGAAGCCCAAAAGAUUGAUCGAUUUAUGUUGAAGUUUGCGGAACGUUAUACAACUCAAAACCCUAAUGCUUUCGCCAAUGCCGAUACCGCCUACGUGCUGGCCUAUUCGGUCAUCUUGCUCAACACUGAUCUACACAGUGCCAAGAUGAAGGGUCGUCGCAUGAACAAGGAGGAAUUCAUCAAGAACAAUCGUGGUAUCAAUGACAACCAAGAUCUGCCGGCUGAGUACCUAUUAGCCAUUUACGAUGAAAUUGCGAGUAAUGAAAUUGUCCUGGACACUGAGCGAGAACAUGCUGCGGGGAUUGGAAUUCAAACUGCUGCCCCAACUGGCCUAGCGACCCGAGCAGGGCAAGUCUUUGCAACAGUUGGUCGAGACAUCCAAGGAGAGAAGUACGCGCAGGCAUCCGAAGAGAUGGCUAACAAGACCGAGCAAUUAUACCGAUCUCUCAUCCGGGCUCAGCGUAAAACCGCAGUCCGCGAUGCACUUUCGCGCUUCAUUCCUGCUACCUCCGGUCGACAUGUCGGAUCGAUGUUGAAUGUCACAUGGAUGUCCUUUUUGUCUGGAUUAUCAGCGCCAAUGCAAGAUACUUCAAGCCUUGCGACCAUCCGGCUUUGCAUGGAGGGACUAAAACUCUCCAUUCGCAUUAGCUGCGCCUUCGAUCUGGAAACACCCCGUGUCGCCUUUGUAACGGCCCUGGCCAAAUUCACUAACCUCGGUAAUGUAAAGGAAAUGAUGCCCAAGAACUUUGAAGCACUUAAAGCACUCCUUGAUGUUGCUACUACUGAAGGCAAUCAACUUCGCACCUCAUGGCGUGAGAUUUUGACCUGUGUCAGCCAGCUUGAUCGACUACAAUUGUUGAGUGAUGGUGUAGACGAAGGUUCAUUGCCCGAUGUAUCUCGAGCACCGACAAUGUCAGCAGACUCCCCUCGCAAGUCUAUGCAAAGCACUCGCAGCAAGCGUACGCGCUCGGUCAAUGGUCCUACGGCAUUCCGUAUGGAGAUUGCUAUGGAGAGUCGAUCAGCAGAUAUGGUUCGCAGUGUGGACCGCAUUUUCACCAACACUGCCAAUCUCUCGCACGAAGCUAUCAUAGACUUUGUGCGCGCAUUGAGCGAAGUUAGCUGGCAAGAAAUCCAGUCUUCCGGUCAUAGCGAUUCCCCAAGAACAUACAGCCUUCAGAAGCUGGUCGAGAUCAGUUACUACAACAUGACUCGGGUCAGGAUUGAGUGGUCAAAGAUUUGGGAGGUCUUGGGUCAACACUUCAACCAGGUUGGUUGUCACACCAACACUACCGUUGUGUUCUUCGCUUUAGAUUCUCUUCGGCAGCUUUCUAUGCGUUUCAUGGAGAUUGGCGAGCUUCCUGGUUUCAAGUUUCAAAAGGACUUCCUCAAGCCCUUUGAGCAUGUCAUGGCGAACAGUACUACUGCCUCUGUCAAGGAUAUGAUUCUCCGUUGCCUGAUUCAAAUGAUCCAGGCCCGUGGUGACAAUAUUCGAUCUGGAUGGAAGACUAUGUUCGGUGUGUUCACAGUUGCUGCUCGGGAGCCUUACGAGGGCAUUGUCAAUAUGGCAUUCGACCAUGUAAAUCAAAUCUAUAAUACUCGUUUUGGUGUUGUCAUCACCCAGGGCGCCUUUGCAGACCUCAUUGUUUGUCUGACAGAGUUUUCCAAAAACUCCCGGUUCCAGAAGAAGUCCCUGCAGGCGAUUGAGCUUCUUAAAUCAACGGUCACUAAGAUGCUACGCACUCCAGAGUGCCCGCUCUCCCAUCGUGGAGGGCCAGCGCCCAACUUCCAAGAGGAGGGAACUAACCUUGCCAAGCAACUUACUCGCCAGUCACAAGAGGAGCAAUUCUGGUAUCCCAUUCUGAUUGCAUUCCAAGAUGUGCUAAUGACUGGUGAUGACCUCGAGGUCCGAUCUCGCGCACUUACAUAUCUCUUCGAAACCUUGGUUCGACAUGGCGGUGACUUCCCCCGAGACUUCUGGGAUGUCCUUUGGCGUCAAUUGCUUUGUCCCAUCUUUGUAGUCCUGCAGUCCAAGUCCGAAAUGUCCAAAGUUCCCAACCAUGAGGAUCUUUCUGUCUGGCUCUCAACUACCAUGAUUCAAGCUCUGCGGAACAUGAUUACCCUCUUCACUCACUACUUCGAUGCACUCGAAUACAUGCUGGGUCGCUUCCUAGAGCUGUUGACCCUGUGCAUAUGCCAGGAAAAUGAUACUAUUGCACGCAUUGGCAGUAAUUGCUUGCAGCAGCUCAUUCUCCAAAACGUCACUAAAUUCCGACAGGAACACUGGACCCAGAUUGUUGGUGCGUUUGUGGAGCUCUUCAGCAAGACCACCGCAUAUGAGCUGUUCACUGCGGCAGCCUCGAUGACCAAAAUGACAGAAACAGCUACCAAUGGCGAUGUUCUCGCUGGUGAGGCUGCAGUCUUGCCGGAAUCAGACCCAUUGAGUGGCGAUCUACCUGACACUCUCCAGCCCAAUGGAUCUCAAAGCACAUCUUCGCUUCAGGAUGGUGGCGAUCCACCAGCCCAGAGUGAGGCGCGUGCCGAGCUCGAGGAUUACCGACCCCAGGUGGAUUCUCAACAACAGCCAGCUGCUGUCACCGUGGCCCGCCGUAGAUUUUUCAAUCGCAUCAUCACUAACUGUGUUCUGCAAUUGCUGAUGAUAGAAACGGUCCAUGAGCUUUUCUCCAAUGACAAUGUUUAUGCUGAAAUUCCUAGUCAUGAGCUUCUGCGACUUAUGGGCUUGUUGAAAAAGAGCUACCAGUUCGCCAAGAAGUUUAAUGAGGACAAGAAAUUGCGCAUGCAACUCUGGCAACAGGGUUUUAUGAAGCAGCCCCCGAACUUGCUGAAGCAGGAGAGCGGUAGCGCGGCGACAUAUGUCCACAUCCUCUUCCGGAUGUACCAUGAUCAGCGGGAAGAGAGGAAGAGCAGUCGUGCCGAGACUGAAGCCGCACUGAUUCCACUUUGCGCGGAUAUCAUUCGCAGCUUUGUCCGUCUUGAGGAGGAUACCCAGCACCGCAACAUCGUGGCCUGGCGACCAGUUGUUGUGGAUGUCAUCGAUGGAUAUAACAGCUUCCCCCAGGAAGGCUUCGAUAAAAAUAUUGAAACUUUCUACCCCUUGGGAGUUGAGCUUCUGAGCCGUGAUCUCAACCCGGAGAUUCGCGUCUCACUACAGGCCCUCCUGCGUCGCAUCGGCGAGGUCCGACUGGGCAUAGCUCCGCCUAACCCAUUAGACGCCCCGAUCAGCCCGCGCAGCUCCGUGUCUCAACGGACAUCCCGUCAGAAUAGCACAACAGCUGAAUGA